AAACGGUCAUAUCAAAUGUUAGUUGAACGAGUCUCAUUAGCAUGUUUUCCUGCUUUAAUAACUAACACAAACAUAUACAUGUUGAAAAAUAUGAGAUCAGUGUGAUCCCAACAAAAUUUCAAUUCAAGAAAGAUACAAAACAAUCUUUUUGAUCUGUUAACCUCUUCCUUGUAAAUCAAGAAUGACAAAUUUAUUCGAAUCCCUCUUCAAAGACAGAAAGUCUCCUGUCAUUUUCACCCUCUUUACAUUGCUUAUUUGUGUCAUGACACUGUUUGUCGCCAACACCUCUACAUUCACGACCUCUGAUCCGAUUUCCUUCUACCCUGAUGAUAUAAAAGCGCAGCUACCGCUUGAACACGAUGCCCUUCCAGUACUCCCAGAUUCAAAAGAUCAACAAGAACACCGUGCCCCUCCAGUACUCCCAGAUUCAAAAGAUCAACAAGAACCGCCAAAAGAUCAUCAAGAACUGCCACAUGAAGGAUUGCUUCAUUGGGAAAAGGCUUUUGAUAAUAAUGUUUCUGUUGAUCUGAAUAUGAAUUGGAAGCUUUGUAAAGGUGCUGUGAUGGUAGAUUAUAUGCCAUGUUUGGAUAAUCUUAAGGCCAUUAAGGCUUUAAAGUCAAGGAGGCACAUGGAGCACAGGGAAAGACAUUGUCCUAAAUCUGUUCCUCGUUGUUUGUUACCCCUUCCUAAAGGAUAUAAAGUCAAGGUUGCAUGGCCUAAGAGCAGGGACAUGAUUUGGUAUGAUAAUGUACCUCAUCCAAAGCUUGUUGAAUACAAGAAGGAACAAAAUUGGGUGGUGAAGACAGGUGAAUAUCUUGUAUUUCCAGGAGGUGGUACCCAAUUCAAAGAAGGAGUUAACCAUUAUAUUAAUUUCAUAGAGAAGACUCUACCAGCAAUCCAAUGGGGAAAGAAUAUAAGGGUUGUGCUCGAUGCUGGUUGUGGAGUUGCUAGCUUUGGCGGCUAUCUUCUAGACAAGAAUGUUAUUACCAUGUCAUUUGCACCAAAGGAUGAGCAUGAAGCUCAGAUACAAUUUGCUUUGGAAAGAGGAAUUCCAGCAACUCUUUCUGUCAUUGGAACACAAAAGUUGACAUUUCCCGAUAAUGGAUUCGAUUUGAUCCAUUGCGCAAGAUGCAGGGUGCACUGGGAUGCCGAUGGCGGAAAGCCAUUAUAUGAACUCAAUAGGAUUCUUAGGCCUGGUGGUUACUUUGCAUGGUCAGCUACACCAGUUUAUCGCAACGAUGAAAGAGAUCAGAAAGUAUGGAAUGCCAUGGUGACUGUAACAACAAAUAUGUGUUGGACUGUUGUGGCUAAGACUUUUGAUUCAUCUGGAAUUGGACUUGUUAUAUACCAAAAGCCAAUCUCAUCUUCCUGCUACGAAAAACGCAAAAAGAACAAUCCUCCUAUAUGUAAAAAUAAUGAAAGGAACCAAAUCUCAUGGUAUACCAGACUGAGUAGUUGCCUUAUUCCUCUACCCGUGGAUGAUGCAGCGAGAUGGCCCGUGUCUUGGCCUAAUAGGCUUACUAGUAUACCUCCUAGCUUAUCUUCUCAAGUAGAUGCCGGCAACAUGUUCGACAAGGAUACUAAACAUUGGUCUAGAAUAGUUUCAGACAUUUAUAUGGAAGCUCCUAUAAAUUGGUCUACUGUUCGAAACGUAAUGGACAUGAAUGCCGGUUAUGGAGGAUUUGCUGCAGCUCUUAUUGAUCGACCAGUUUGGGUGAUGAAUGUAGUGCCAAUCGAUAUGCCAGAUACUCUUACUGUCAUAUUUGACAGAGGCUUAAUAGGAACCUAUCAUGAUUGGUGUGAAUCCUUGAGUACCUAUCCUCGCACAUAUGAUCUUAUUCAUUCAAGCUUCCUCUUCAAAAACCUCGACAAAAGAUGUGACAUUGUAGAUGUGGUUGUGGAGAUAGAUCGCAUAUUGAGACCAGAUGGAUAUCUUUUGGUUCAGGAUUCAAUGGAAGGAAUUAGAAAGUUGGGUUCAAUAUUGAAUACACUUCAUUGGUCUGUUACAUCUUAUCAAAAUCAGUUUCUUGUUGGUAGGAAGAGCUUCUGGCGUCCAAAACCAUAGAAAGUAGAAACUGAAUGAUGAAUAGGAUUCAUUGUUUGUCAUAUUCUUUGCUAAAAAAUGUGAGGUUUCUCAUUUUGGAAAAUUAUUUUGUAAGGUGGAUACUAAAUAGGUAAUCAUUCGUAUCAUCGCGCGGUGAAAUGAGAACUAGAUGAUAUAAUUAGAAAAAUCCAAUCUUACGUCCUUCAAAUU